GUCCUCCCUGGCUGAGAGUGACUCCUCCCGGCGAUAGACGAUCUUUGGAGUCCCGGGCCUCUUCGCCGGGCCGACAGCCGUCCACGACAUAUUACUCAGAGUGACUCAUCGCGUUAACAGACGAUCUCCGGAGCGCCGGUGCUGUCCUCUCAGCUGACACCGAGCAGCAAACCGGGACCCGUCGCGGCUGUCAGGCGCAGAUUUUUACCUUCCACCGGCCGGUGUUACUGCCACCACUGCUGUCUCUUCUCUUCUCGUUAAAGCCUCGGAGGUUGUUUUUUUUUUGCGGGAUGCGAACAUGUUCUGAUUCAGCCUGCAAGCGAUGAAUGAAACGAGCGCCGAGGGGACCGGGCCGGCGGAGGUGCUGUUGACGUCGGGCUGCCGAGCUCCGCUUGUCGGGCUGGUCGGAGGAUGGAGCCGAGGCUGAGCGGGGAUGGCAAGCCGUCCGUGCCCUGGUUCCUCGGCCCUGCCCUCGUGUUUUCCACCCUGGCUGUGCUAGUGAGCUGCCACGGGACGUGCAAACACCGAGCCCCGUCUCCGGAUGAGGUUGUCCAUGUGUACUUAAAGCCUGAGCGCUUGACUAAGAGAAGCUCCCCUGACGACCUUCAGCUGAAGAUAAAGAUCAUCUACGACUACAGCGUUGACCAGCUUCCUGCAGACAAGAGGAGACUGGUGAAGGAUAAGCUGUUUCCUCAGGCCAUCGAUUACCUGCAGAGGGCCUUCAGUGUGAGGCGCAGGGUCGGACCUGUGCUGCUCAGCAGACAAUGUGCAACAAACCAAUACCUGAGGAAGAGAGAUGACCCUCAUCGCUACUGCCAGGACGCCUGUGCAGACGUCACCCGGUGUGGCCCCGUCAUCGUACCACAGCACCACCUGCAGCAAUGCAAGGUGUGCAGUGAAUCAGAGUCUUGCGGCCCCUUGGGGCCCCCAGAUGGCCCCGGAGUGGAAGGGUCCGACUUCGUGCUCUACGUCAGCGGCAUCACCACGGAGCGCUGCGGACAGGAGAACAUAGUGGCCUACGCUGCUUACUGCCAGCUGGAGGCAGAGCUCGACAGACCUGUAGCAGGCUAUGCCAACCUGUGUCCUGCUAUGAUCUCCUCUCAGCCUCAGGAGUUUGAAGGGAUGCUCUCCACCGUCAAACAUGAGAUCAUCCACGCUCUGGGGUUUUCAGCAGGUCUGUUUGCCUUCUACCAUGACGAUGAGGGCAAACCUCUGACUCCUCGCUUCGCCAGCGGCCUGCCCGCCUUCAAUGAGAGCCUGGGUCUGUACCAGUGGAGCGAGGCGGUGAUCAGGAGGGUCAGCAGGCUGUGGGACAUCAGAGGAGGAGAGAUGGUCCGACACCAAGUCCACGUCCUGGUCACGCCCCGCGUCGUGGAGGAGGCGAGGAGACAUUUUAACUGUCCCAUCCUGGAGGGGAUGGAGCUGGAGAACCAGGGAGGGACGGGAACCGAACUGAACCACUGGGAGAAGCGACUGCUGGAGAACGAGGCGAUGACGGGCUCCCACACCCAGAACCGGGUGUUUUCUCGGCUGACGCUGGCCAUCAUGGAGGACAGCGGCUGGUACCGAGCCAACUACAGCCUGGCUCAGAGGCUGGACUGGGGCCGCGGCCUCGGCUGCGACUUCGUCAUGAAGAGCUGCAAGUUCUGGAUGGACAGGCAGAGACAGAGGGCGCACGCUGUGACUCCGUACUGCGACACGGUGCGAGCUUCUCCUCUGCAGCUGACCUGCAGGCAGGACCAGCUGGCUGUGGCCGUCUGCAACCUGCAGAGGUACGCACGGGCGCUGCCGCGGGAGUACCAGUACUUUGAGAGGAUCCCGGACGUGGCCGCCGACCAGCUGCCGUUUGGCGGUGCUGUGGAGAUCGCUGACUUCUGUCCCUUCAGCCAGGAGUUCAGCUGGCACCUCAGCGGAGAAUAUCAGAGAAACUCGUACUGCAGAGUGUCUGAGAACCAGCCAGACUGGUGGAGGAACUACGGAGCGGAGCAGUACGGGCCGGACUCCGUGUGUCUGAACCAGAAGUCCGCCUUCGUGAUGGAGCAGUGCACCAGGAAGAUGACGUACCCCGACUGGGGCUCCGGGUGCUACAAGGUGCGGUGCUCCGCCCAGGGCCUGACGGUGUACGUUCAGGAUCGCUCCUUCCUCUGCGUCCGCAGAGGCCAGCUGCUGAGCGUCAGCGUGCGAGUCAACGACUGGGUUUACAACGGCGUCCUGGUCUGCCCCGCCUGCACCGACUUCUGCGACGACUGUCCCCUCCCCCACCAGCUCCCGCCCAUCAACGCCUCCAGGAGUAACCCCAUUGACCCGUGCUCCAGCUCUCCUGGUCUGGCCGUCACUCUGUGGCUGCUGCUGCUCAACCUGCUCCCCCUGGUGGCCGGACUGCUGCUCUGCCACUGCAGCUGAUGAAACACACACACACACACACACACACACACACACACACACACACACACACACACACUAAGGUAGCUGGACAUUUCACCGAACGCUCACCUGCAGGCCUCUGUGGCUUUGGGCUGCAGACGUUCGAUCUGUUGUUUCCUUUCGAUCUCUCCGUCUUUCCUCCGCUCCUCAGUUCAUUCGACGGCCGACUCGGUCCUCGUCUCUCACGCCGUCAGGGAUCUUUCUGCUGAAGCUCCAUUCAGGUGUCGGUCCAGUGCAGCGUAUGAAGUGUCACCCGGACCAUCAGUCCUCUGGUUCAGCAGCAGCCAAUCGGAUCGUUUCAGACAGCGGACUCGACUUGGGAUCCUCCUGCUUCAUUAAAUUCAGGUUUAUUUCUUGAUGCCGGAGCGACCGAAGAGGGAGAUCUGUCUCUUCGGCUGAUCGCUGAUCUUCUCUUGCUCAAAUACGUAUGCGGAGAUCACAAAGUGACUGUGGAUCGCCGCAAGCUGCCGGCCGUCUCCGAUGACCCGAACACAAACCCGAGGAAGAGACGUCGCCUGGUGCUCGCUGACAGGAAGUGGACUGUGGGAUUGUUCGGGACAGUUUGGGUAUUAGAACGUGUAUUAAAGCGCCUGGCUGGAUUCAAAGCUACAAACACUUUUUUUAAAAUAGUACUUUUAAGCAGAAAGAUCACUGGACUUCCUGUGAAAGAGACGACGUGUGGAUGGCAGCAGGAGGUAACUUGGGAUUUUUUUAAAGUUUAAAGGAUCUUAAACACUUUCCUAAGAUGCAUUUCCUGUUUUUUUGGGGGGGGGGGUGUAAGUUUCCCCGCCUCCUCCCAACAGGUCGCUUGUCACAUUCAUGAAGGUAGAGGAACCUGUAGCAGUUCUGUAGUAGCGAUGCAACAGUCGGGUGUGUUUUCAUUUAAAAAUCGACGAGUGCAGCUCUUUGGUCAGUUUCCUUCAUGACAAACGGCAGCAGUUUGGGGGGGUCAGAGGUCACAGCUCCAGUUAUAUCAAAAAAGGCUCUUGCCCUUAAACUGAAUGUGCGUGCGUUCAAAGGAUCCACAACAACAGCUCUGCUGCGAGUUUCUCUCCCAGAGAGGAGAUUCAGUUUCUGGUCAUUUUGGAAGCUGCAGUGUGGAGGUGGAGGUGGUGUUAGACUGUGGGACUAAACAUUAGCAACAUCUUACAGUAAAAUGCAGUCCAGUGCGACACAGCUGCUGAAAUGACCAGGACCGAAUCACUUCACUGGCUGUCAACACAAAGCGAGCGUUGGGAGCCUUUCGGAGGCAGGAUUCAUUCUGUCUGCUGCCUGAACGCCCGAAGCUACUGCUGCUCUGUCAUGUCGACGUGAGCGAACGCAAGCCGCAACUGAUCUCAGGCCAGGUGAAAUGAUUGUCAGCGGGAGAGAUCUGUGGCUGGUCGACAGACUAGCGAGACGUCGUCGGGCCUCAUGCAGGAAACUCUCAAAGCGACGGGUUCGAUCUGAAGUUGCAGGUACGAGUCGUUCCACAGAAUUUCUCUCAUUUGAAUUAAUAUUCUGUUCAUCACAUCAUCAUAUGGCUCGCUAGCUUACUGAGAGAACUUUGUUUCUGACGUUCUUGCGUAUUGUGGCACACGGGUCUUUCUGCAGGUCUCUGACAGCUGACGUCACCGCCGUUUAUAAUAUUCUCUCCUUGUGUCUCAAGUACUGUCGCUUCCUGUUGACUGCCUCCCAGCAUGCACCACUUGGCUUUUUUAAACAAUCGGCACGUUGUUGGCAGCUGUGUUCACGGUCCCCGGUACGACCGCUGACACCGCUAAAUCCGUCUUCUGAAUCUCUUCUUUUUACUCGUGUUUGUGAACGAGACGUGGCCACGAACAGAGCGACGCAGGGAGCGUUUCGUGGCCGUCGAUUCGUCCGGUUGAAUCUUGGAACACUCGUACGAACGAACAGGAUCGGGAUCACACAAAGAAAGCAGUCUUGCAUGAGGCCCAGCGUCUGUGUGCACCGCCUCUCUGACUACAAGCACAUCUUGUUUACGGCGACUGCAGAACGAAGCAGACCGGACAGCGUUUGUAGCGUGAGUUCACAACAGGGCCGAGACACGUCCAGCUCCGACUAGAUGACGUGUUGCGACUCUCACAGACUCUCAGGAGUUUUGACUCAGAUCUCAAGUUUUGUCCGAGACACUAGAAUCAUGACGAAAGCAGUGAAGCCUGCUGGAGCUUUAAUGUACCGACAACAUGUCUGAACGAACUGAAGCCACAGAGAUUAAUAACAGAUUCUCCCGUUUUUAUUUAAUAUUUUGAACAAAUGUACACAGAGAGGAGAGGACUCCGAGGUCUCAGAGGACUCCGAGGUCUCAGAGGACUCCGAGGUCUCCUCAGAUUUAGAGUACUCAGAGGUCUAAGAGAACUCCGAGGUCUAAGAGGACUCCGAGGUCUCCUCAGAUUUAGAGGACUCCGAGGUCUAAGAGGACUCCGAGGUCUAAGAGGACUCCGAGGUCUCCUCAGAUUUAGAGUACUCAGAGGUCUAAGAGGACUCCGAGGUCUCCUCAGAUUUAGAGUACUCAGAGGUCUAAGAGGACUCCGAGGUCUAAGAGGACUCCGAGGUCUCCUCAGAUUUAGAGUACUCCGAGGUCUAAGAGGACUCUGAGGUCUCGUUGGACUGACAGACUGUUUGUUGUCAGAGGAAGAAUAAGCCAUGUACACAUGUGGGGAAAACCCUGCUAGCUGUCAGUCAUUAAAAGCUGUCGGCUUUCGGACAAUGAGAACCUGAACAAGCCAUAGUUUGAUGAAGAUGAUGAUGAUGAUGAUGAUGAAGGUGUAACAAUGGAAAAGUUAGUUGCUAAAGAUACAAUUCAACAUUUGUUGAAAGGCAUAAGUUGCUCCAAACCAGUUGAUGUCAGUGAGCCUGUUUGUUAGAUUUAGUGUUUGUCACAGAAGUGAAAUCCCAGCAGGACGCUUCGUUCAGUCAGGAAAACCUUUAUUUAUCGCUCGGUGACGCAGCGGGAACACCUUCGUCUCACUGACGGGCGCUGUGGUUUGGGUGGGUUUCCGGUAUCCAGCACGUUCACAAGAGACAAACCUGUUGGUGCCGCAGUGAAACUGUACUGAGAGCCCCUUUCCACCAAGUAGGUCUGGUUCUUGAACCGGUUCUGUUCAAGAUUGUGGAACCUUGGUGCUAUCUAGCGAACCGGCCGGCGUUUCCACCAGUCAUGGAUGCAUCAUCAGUGGAGGGAGUUGCACAACGCGCAGCGGCCUGUUGAAUAUGACACGCCCACUUCGGUUCGCACUUCAGGUCAAGCUAAACCUGCUAUUUCCUGGUUCCAGCCGGGAACCAACUUUUCAGGUUCCAAACCGAUUUAUUUUUGGUUGAAAUGCUUCGACCGGUUCAGAAUUAGGUGCGCGAACCAGAACGGAGCCGGUCCCACGUUGGUGGAAGAGAGAAACGACACGGGCGGGAAUCCCACGGCGCUCAAGAUCAAACGGGUUCGAUUUAACAACCAGAUGUGUUCAAGAGCAACGUGUUGUCGCUCAAAGAUCUGAGCACAGCGUAAGAAGGCUGCGUUCACACCCAGAGGUUCAUUUUCACUCGUUCAUGUCUUCGUUAGUUCAGUUGCUGAAGCCAAAUGAGAACAACGACCUUUGAACUCUGGUGUCAGUGUGCAGAAGCUCUUCACGUCACUUUCAUGACUUCCUGUAAGAUGGACGAAAGGGUCGCCGCCGGCAGCUGCUGUUGCUUCUGUCCUUUGUUUUAAACCAGCUUCGUGUAACAAAUCUCAUGUUGGUGUGACAAUAAUCUGAAAAACAGUAAGUGGACCUUUGAGUUGAGAUGAUUUUGUGUGUUUCCAAGGCAACACAGGAGCUUUAUUUAAAGGGUUAGUUCGGAUUUUUUGAAGAACACAGUCAGUUAUUACCUGCAGUAGGUGGCGGUCGGCGCUGCACUGCUGUGGACGGGGGCUACAGCAAAACGGAUUUCACCCACCUAAAGUUCAAUAUCAGUUCAAGUGUGCGCUAUACUUAGACUAUUUUCACCGCUUCACAUCGCCAUCAGAUGCAUCCGUCUGUGCUCUCUUCAAAGCCACCAGACUCCUUUGACAAAAACAGUAAUUUUACCUCGACUGUGACUUUGGUGUUUUAGUUCGGAUCUGAACUAAGUCGCACAAUAACACGGACAAACAGCAACUCCCGUGUUCUGCGAGGCGAGAUUUCUGUUUUGGUCUGGUGGCUUUGAAGAGAGCGAUGUAACGGCUUCGGUUCCGGUGAAAAUGUUCUAAAUACAGCGUACGCUUAAAGAUAGUUUUGUAGGUGGCUAAAAUCCGCCCACAGCAGACCGCUUGCCUCCGUGCCGGUAAGGUGUUCCCAUCUUUAUGUCGAGGAUGCUGUUGUUUGUUGUUGGAAUGAAACUCUUCUUCCCUGUUUUUAUUUUAAGACGAAACGCUGCACUGAAAUGAAGAAAACACACUGAGACUUUCAUUUAUUUAUCGAGACUCUUCAUCGGGUCCGUCACGUCUGCGUGUUCUUUAAGUUUCUGUUUAAAGUGUCGAACAAAACUAACUGAUGUUUACAGUUGGAAAUAUUCUUGUUUAUAUCACAUAACUGUUGAAUUCCUGCGCUGAGCUUUGUGUCAUGUGACUGAUGAUCUGACCUCAAUCCACUUUGUAUUCUUUUAAAGGGGAAUCAGCCGACUCUGAUAUCUGGCUGCAGGAGAUCCUGAUUUUAGUUUUAGAUGUUUAGUGGAAUCUGAUUCUGUUCAUGAAACGGGGUCAGAGGGUUUCCUGUUCAUUCGAUGCAGCGUUGAAGCUGUUGAACUGUUUUAAUGAAACACUUUGUUGGAUUUAUUUAUUAUUAGUUUUGUUUUUUAGAAAAAGGGCUGCUUUUUAAGACAAAUCAAGACGACUCUGAAACAUUUGCCUCAGAAUAAAUUCUGUCUGUAUCCCAGA